AUGGAGCAUCUUCGUCGCGAGGCCCCAGGGGGUAGCGAGAAGAGGGCUAGGCAUGAGGGCAGCUACAGUGACUCCCGCCACAGGUCUAAAGAUUAUCAUGACAGGGCCGAACGACGAUUUCGACAGGGUCAGUCUAACAGACCUACACAGGCCUCUCUUCAGUCAUUAGAUGGUGGUCGGAGUGAGGCUAGUUCGAGUCAGGGCCGCAAGGUGUUUCAGUCGGGUUCUUCAGGCCAUGGUAGUCGUUCUUCUUGGAUUCGACCUCGACAGGAUUGGUAUGAGUGUGGUGAGAUGGGUCAUUGGGCCAGGGACUACUGUCAGCAUUGCCGGAUUGCUCCCGUUCCUCAUGCAGCUACCCCAGCUUUACCAGCACCGCCAGCUAGAGGCCGUGGUCAGGGUCAGGACCAUAAAGUAGGCCAGCAGGCUCCAGCGAGAGCGGAGACUGAGGUAUCAGACGAUGUGAUCACAGGUACGAUUCUUUUAUGCCAGCAGGCCUCCUUGCCUUUAUUUGAUCCGAGCUCUACCUUUUCGUAUGUUUCUGUUUACUAUGCCUCUCGAUUGAGUAUGAUGUCUGAGCCUCUGGUAGCGCCGUUGCGUGUGUCGAACCCUGUGGGUGAGUCUUUAGUAGUGGAUCAGGUAUUUCGAUCUUGCCUGGUUACUAUCCAGGGGCGUGACACCCGGGAUGAUCUUAUAUUGCUUGACAUGGUUGAUUUCGAUGUGAUUCUGGGCAUGGACUCGUUAUCCCCUUAUCACGCUGUUUUAGAUUGCUUUUCAAAGACCGUUACCUUAGACAUUCUUGCUAUUCCUCCGGUGUCAUAG